UAGCGUUUCAUAUUUUUACACUUUCAUAGAUCGUUAACAUCAAAAAGGCACAAGAAACAACUAGGACGGUACGCCCAAAGAGAAGUACAGAUAAAGAAUAUGCUGCUUUUUAUUACAACAGAACUACGUUUUGUGUGUCACGGGCCAAACAAAGUCUUCUGUUCCGAGCAGCGUCAGCUCAGCACCAUGCCCAGCUCGGAGACACGACACCGCCCUGCUAACUGCACACAGCGGGAGCACACGGUGGCCGCGGGCACAGCCGCAGGGGGCGGCGGGCACCGCUCGCUGGUAGCGGAGCGGGGGCGCGCUCGGGAACGGGCAAGCUCACACGAGAGACGCAAUGAGUGGCGGGGGGGCCUGCGGGGCCGCACCGCCCCCGGGCGGGGCCCGCUCACCGGGCUGCUGCGGCAGCACCUCCCUCCUUCCCACAGCGCCCCAGGGCCGGCCCUUCGCGCCCACUCUGCCAGCCCCCGGGAGAGCGGCAGCGGUGCGCAGGAUUUAUGGCAUAUACCAUGAUGGAUCUGUGCUGGAAGCUGUUCGUCUGCAUUUUUUGCUAUCAAGUUGUCUCAGGAAGAGUUAAGAGGCAUGGGCAUUAUGUUGCUGCCGUGUAUGAACACGAGUCUAUACUGAGUCCUAACCCGGCAGCCCUGGUUGAUCGACGGUCUGCGCUGGAGCUCAUGGGCAGAAACCUGGACAUCUAUGAACAGCAAGUAGUAGAUGCUGCAAGACAGGGGGCACAGAUCAUUGUUUUUCCUGAAGAUGGAAUCCAUGGCUUCAACUUCACCAGAAGCUCCAUUUAUCCUUAUUUAGAUUUUGUUCUGCAUUCACAGUCUGUGAAGUGGAAUCCGUGCAGAGAGCCUUAUUUGUUCAAUGACACAGAGGUUCUCCAGCGUCUGAGCUGCAUGGCACUGAAGAACAAGAUAUUCCUUGUAGCAAACCUGGGAACUAAGGAACCCUGUGACCACGCUGAUCCUCGCUGUCCACCUGAUGGAAGAUACCAGUUCAAUACCAACGUGGCGUUCAGCGAUGACGGUAUGCUGGUCGCCACAUAUCGCAAACACAAUCUGUAUUUUGAAUAUGCUUUUGAUACCCCUCCAGAGCCUGACUAUAAAUUCUUUGAUACGCCUUUUGCUGGCAAGUUUGGUAUGUUCACUUGCUUUGAUAUACUCUUCUUUGAGCCCGCAGUGAACCUCAUCAGACAGUACAAUUUGAAACAAGUUGUAUAUCCAACUGCCUGGAUGAACCAGCUCCCGCUCCUGUCUGCUGUAGAAUUUCAACAAGCUUUUGCAACAGCUUUCAAUGUUAAUGUUUUAGCAGCUAAUAUCCACCACCCUACCUUGGGCAUGACAGGGAGCGGCAUAUACACUCCAGUCAAAUCAUUCAUCUACCACAACAUGGAAAGUUACGGUGGCAAGCUUAUCGUAGCAGAAAUUCCUGUGAUUACCACAGAUUACGAAACCAAUUUGGAGAGUAAUGAAAGAUUCGGAGAGAACUUGCAUCACUCGUGCAAGCCUUUUACGAGCAUCUCGCUGGAUGAUCAAGUUUGCUUUAAGGAGAGAGAAGACACCCCUGGUAGAGCAUCAGAAGAGGGAAAUGAACUGUUACCUCCCAUAUUUUAUGCAGAAAUGAUGUACGACAACUUUACUUUUGUUCCUGUAUGGGGACAAAAAGGAAAACUCCACGUUUGUGCCAAUACCCUUUGUUGUUACUUAACUUAUCGGAGAGAUGUUUUAACUGAUGAAUUAUAUGCUCUGGGAGUUUUUGAUGGGCUCCAUACAGUGCACGGCACGUACUAUGUCCAGGCCUGUGCAUUAGUGAAGUGUGGUGGUCUCAGCUUUAACACUUGUGGGCAGGAGGUUACAGAUGCCACUGCUCUGAUAGAUUUCCAGCUAUGGGGAAAUAUGAGUACCCCUUAUAUCUUCCCUUUACUGUUGACAUCUGGUAUUACCUUGGACUUUGCUGAUCACAUGGGCUGGAAAAACAACUACUAUUUCAUAAGCAAAAAUAGAACAUCUUCUGGCCUACUGACAGCUGCUCUGUAUGGACGAUGGUAUGAAAAGGACUAGCACAGAUAUUUGACUGAAUCAGAAGACAACUGCCCGUAUGUUCAGAGCAUGUAUCUGAACAUAAGUUGUUGAACAUAUGUACUUCCUAGAGCUUCAAGUGUUUGUUACCCGACUGAUUAAUUUCCACAUUUGAAAUGGUAAGCGAAGCACUUAACCUAAGAGGCCGUAAAUACAGCUACCAGUACCUUGAUAGCUUAUGUCCUACCAGAAGUAAAAGAUCUGCCUUGCAAAGAUAAAGGCUUGUUGUAAUGUCUUGAGAUGUUUUUAUUGGGGAAAUAACAUUUCUCAUUUCAAUGGAAUUUGUUCCUUUUAUUUUUAUCAUUUGGUUUUCUGGGGUCCUGGCUAGGAAUAUGGAAAUGAAUGGAAAAGCAUUGCAAAAGCAAGAAAAGUAGGAAAGGGAAUGCAGACACACAUACCAUGCGUGACAUGCAUGAAAAUACAUAUAUAUAUAUAUAUAUAUAUAUUCAUAUAGCUUGUAUAUUGUGAGGUUCUGAUUUCUGGUUAGGGUGCUAAGAUUUUUUUUUUUAAUUUUUCUUUCUUAGAGUAAAAAACUCCCAGCUGAAAUCAUUACCAUUUACUGGCCACGUGGUUGUCUGUAAUCCUGUUGGAAAUCUCUGUGAGUUUUCUCAUAUACUUUUAACAGUAACUGAAUGUUGCAGUUGUGAACAUCCAUGGAACAGCUAGCCUGAGGAAGAGGGUAUCAAAUGAUUGUGAAAACCUAGACUGUGUUAAGACAGUUUCCAGUGUAAGGAAUUGUGUUUAAAGAAGACGUUGGCAAUGGAUUUCAGUGACUGUGUUAUGUAGUGUUUAAGUACUUUUACUUUCCCCGUUUAGAAGAGAGGUCAUUUCAAGACUGUUUUGACUUUAAGGCAUCUUAUGCAUUGUUCAUAAAUUCAUUCAACAAGAGCUCUGAAAAGCACAUAACGAAUUGUGGGACAGCAAGGUUUUUACGUAAAUACUUUGUGUGCCAGAUAGCAGGUUCCUGCUGCUAAAUGAGUAAAACACAGCACUCUUUCCAGAGCAGUAACUAGAUUAAGUGCUCUGUUGUACUGCGGUGACAAACUGUUCUAUGCAGUGGAUAGCUGGGAAGAGAACAUUCAAAGGAUAGAUAUUUGGAGUUAAAUUCAGAGAGGAUAAUUUAUGAUUUUGUGUGGUCUUACUGGCUGUUACAACUUCAUCUACGUAAUAGCUGUUGAAUAACGGAAUAAACACAACCAUUCCUUUGGCGAGUCCUUGCAUUCCGGUUGCUUAGUCUGUUAGUCAGGCCAAGAGGAGCAGAGCAGUAACGGGAGAGCUGUGAGUCUGUUUUGGUGGUCUGAGUUGACUCCGAGACGUGUUCGAACUCGCACCACUAUGGCAGCCACAAGCCUGCAUACUGAAAGGUACUCAAUAAGCUCCUGCUUUGAAUGAGCUCCCUUUCUGGUUUCAGAAAGCAAAACAACCAAGAAAUCGCUGAAUUUCUACCUCAAGGUUUCUUAAAUACGUACACAAAUUAAGAGUGUAUAAAUAGUGAUGAUACCAGGGUUUGUCAAAUUGUCCUUCCCUAAGAUAUGUUACUGUGAGCCAGGACCUAGUCACGGCUUUGAUACAGCAACACAACAGGUUUGUUUAUCCUGCAGCAUAUACUGGACAGAAUUAUGGAGAGGGGAAUGUCUGUAUCUCAUUAAACAUAAAAUUGCUGCUGUAAAAGUAGGCCAUCCCACUGCAGGGUUUAUUAAAAAUCAUUAAUUCUUUGGCAUCCAUAGCACUGUUCUUGCUGAACGCUGCACGAAUUCCAGAACAUACCGGGUAGAACAGAAAAAAAGCAUUUUUGGUGCUUAUUUGUGCUUCUGGUUCUAGUACCAUACAACCAGGUCUAGAAGAAAAGAACUGUGAAUGGCUGGAGAGUUUCACGUCUCAGGACGUUUCCCCUGCCUGCACUUUGUAGGCUGGAAAACGUACAUCCUCUUGCACUAAAUACUGUUUUAGAUUUAGUUCUAAAGCAGACUUAUUAGCACAAUAAAUUAGGCUAAAGACUUAACUAGCUGUAUAUAAUAUUUAAAAUACUUAAAUAAAUGUAUUUGCUGGGGUUAAUAAAAAACCCCAAAAGAAUUAUCUGUGAGAUACUCGCAAAGUGUAUUCCACAGAGCCGUUCUAACUUUGGGUAUUCUAAACCACCGGAAAGCACGCCCUUCUGGCCUUACCCGUCUGCAUGGGGGAUUUUAAGAAAAAUCUUCAGACAGCUUGAAUAAUUAAGUUUGGCAAGGGAUAGAAAAUAUAUGUAUGAUAGGAUAGGAUGUGAAUCCUUAGAUUUUGCUUUAAACCUGUUUAAGGUAUCGGAUCUGAUCUUUGAAUAUCUAAGACCUCGGUGUCUUAAGAUUUCUGAACCAAGCCAGCUGCCAGGUGCGAUGAGAAGAAAACCUGCACUUCUCAAAACCGGCACGUCUCAUUUGUGAGCAGGAAGUGGGGGUUUGUUCUGUUCUGUUGUGAAUAUGAAUAGCAAAAUUUCUGGUUGCUUCCAUUGCACUUUUAAUGAAAAAAAGAGAAUGUACGGUGCUUUUCUCCUCUUUUAAAUAGUGGCAGUAACAAUAUUAAGACAGCUUGAAAGGCUCUUUAGGUUCCAUGGUAUUCAACUAUGUUUACAGCUACAUGGUGAAAUACUGCCAAGAUUCCUCUCCCAGCCUCGGCUUGAAAAUCGGUAAAACAGCAUGGAAUGGAGGGAGCUCAGUUUAUCCUAAUGUAAAGUAGCACCCAGCACCAGGGAAGCAGGGACAAUUUACAUACUGCUUUACCUGAAGGUAAGUAACAGUGCUAAGGAGACUGGGACACCGGGUUGGAUAGAGUUAUAAGAGAUCUUUGAGGCCCACAAGUAGGGACAGUCACCUUCUUCCUGUCGGGAACGUUCAGUUGCAAGGUAAAUUGUAGAGACGGGCAACAGCCCACAGCUUGAAAAUUUUAGUCAGGUCUGUUAACUUUUUCCCUCAGGGAAACCAAAACACACUUGCAAAUUUCCUGGGCUCCAGAUCGCUGAACAACUGAAAGAAACACGCUUUCCAAGUCUGCCAUUUCAGACAGCUUUUCUCUCCGCAGGUACGAGAGGAUACGUGAUAAGGCUUCUUCUGUGAUAAGGCUUAUAGAUUAUAAACAUAACAAUAGGAUGUUUUCUUAAGAAUAACCAGUUUUUUUGCAAUUUCAAAUUAAUACACAGUGGUUCCUUUGCACUUAACAUGUUUUCUUCAAAACACACAGGUUAUUAUAGUGAGAAAAGGACUCCAGAAAAACUAAAAACCUACCAGCCGAGAGGCCUGCGCUGCAUCUCUUCACGUUUAACACCUCAGGUUUUAGUCUGUAAAGGAGACCUGUGUUUUAUAAAUUCUUACCUUGCCCAAAUUAGAGUCACAGCUACAGGUUUAUAAAAAAAGCCUUUUCAUCCUCAUCUCUAAGAAUUCUUCUCCCACUGUCCCGUCAGCUUCUGCAGGAUAUUAAAGGAUUAUUUAUAAGGAAGUCAAUGGAAAGUUGUUGAGAGAUUACUACAAGAGGCAAUAGUUACUGAUCUUGGAUUUAAAGAUUUAUAUGAAUUUGGUGGACCAACUUCAAGAAUUCAGAUACUUACUUUUUCCUGAUAUUAAAAUGGAUUUUGCUGAGUUUAAAUCCAGGCCUACAGAAGUGGCGUUAAAAGUUUAAACUACUUAUUAAGCGAUUAUAAAGGCUCUUCUCUCCAAGGUUAUUAGUUUGAUUGCAACCAGGACGGGAUUAUCAGGAAUUAUUGCUAUCAGUAAUCACUGCUUUUUAACCAAAAGUAUGAUGGCGUUUCUUUAUUUCUUUUGGAAAAUGGUUAUGUACCAUCAGCACAGAGCAAAGCGGUGAGAGAUGAGGAGGGUGCUCCUGCCAGCUCCUCCUGCUGCUCCUGCAGCUGCAGCCCAGGAAGCCCAUGGAGCUCCCUCACCCACCCUGCAGCACACUGAGCCAAAGAGCAUGUCCUCCAGAACUGCUGUUUCCACAAAUGCUCACCCUGUUUAUAUUUAGGUUUCAGUUUUUAAGUUGUGAACCCCACUGAUCCAAACAUGGAAUUAAGGAGGAUGGGCUGCCUGGACACAGCUAUCACUGUUAAAAAUGUUCCAUGAUUACGCACAUGAAAAAACUUCUCACCAGUAUAUGCCAAACUGUCCGUUAUAUGGUAUUCACUGUCGCCUCUCCCAGUUACAGCAUGAAAGGUCACCAUAAACUUUUUCUUGUUGCAAUAAAGAAGCUGAGCUAGCAGAACGCUCUACUUGUGUUAUCUCCAACCAAGUGGAUUUAAUGAACAUUCGCUUUUUUUUAAAAAAAACUACAGUAUGUUACACUCUAUUACUACAGUAGUUGUUGCCUUUAAAUGGACAUAAUCUCUGCGCGAGACAGGAAGGCUAAUUCCUCUCAAAACCAGAAUUACCAAGUUGAAGAAUCUGUAAACAUUAUCUCAUUCUCCUUUUCAGUCAUCUUCUGUAACAUUUGGGAUCUUUAGUGCCCUUUGCGUAGAUGUUAAAAGGAGCAAAGCUUUGAAGUAAUUAAUUUUUAAUUACUAAUUUUUUUAAUAAACAAAAAAAUUAUUCUUUAGCCUGGUAGAUAAGUCAGAGUUUUAAAGAAGAAAAUAUACAAGAAGAAGAAGAAAAAUACAAAAACCAACCAGAACCAAGAUCCAAGUUUAAAAAGUGCAUAUUUCUAGCUCUGAUUGUUCCAGAUACAUUUAGAUGAUUAUUUUGGAGAUAAAUACAAAGCACGAGACACAGAAGUUGAGAUAUUGUGAGGAAUUACAAUAAAAAUCUCUGAUUGCAGUAGGGUCACUCUGGGGCUGGGGGCACCGAUUUCUUCAUUUUAACAGCAUCCGUGCUACCACGCUACACUCUUAACAGUUCAGCCGAGGAGGUAAAUACUAACUUGGCAUCUUCUGCAGAACGCUUAUCCUCAGAACUGAGAAAUACAACAUCCCAGAAAACAUCCCAGAAGUCAGAGUACACAGAAAGCUGAGCAGAGCUGAUUGUCCUCAUUCCUGAACAUUCCGUUAAACAACCCCCCACACCCCCUCCCUGAAUAAAAAGGGUUUCUUUUAUUUCAGUAUACUGCUUCCGUGGUCCAGCCAAGGCUCACCUCUCUCGGUGAAAAGCCAAGAGGCUGUUUGGGUGAAGGUUGUAACAAUAACCGUGCUCUGUACAAAAAGAAGAGGAUUUCUUUUAGAAAGAUGGAAGUUCUAAUACCAUUUUCUGGAAAUGAACAGGCCUACACUCAGGUAUGAACAGUUUUGGGUUUUGGUUGUUUUU